CAAAACAAAAUUUUGUCGCUGUUUGAAGGACAAACAAGGUGAGCUCCUUGAACGGUUGAUAACGCAGAGCUCUACUUUGACAGAGCCAGCCACCAUUAUUUUUGGGAAAAGCAGGUAGGUCUUUGGUGUCAGCAGCAGCUAUGGAAUUUGUGCAUGCCAAUGGUCCUUUCCACAACAAGACCAAGGUUAUUUUUGUAUUGGGCUCGACCGGGUGUGGAAAAACAAAACUCUCCAUAGACUUAGCCACUCGUUACAACGGUGAAAUAAUCAACUCCGACAAAAUCCAAGUCUACGAAGGCCUUGACAUUGUGACCAACAAAGCUACAAAGCCCGAGCAAAGAGGCAUCCUCCAUCACCUGCUAGGGUCCAUCCAAGACCCGGAAGCUGAUUUCACGGUGCAGGACUUUUGUCUUCAAGUGCCCAAAGCCCUGGAUGAUAUCACGAAGCGCAACCGCGUCCCAAUCAUUGCUGGUGGAUCCAACACUUACAUCGAGGCGCUUGUCGAAGAUCCAACGCUCAGGUUCCAAGAUAAAUAUGACUGCUGCUUCAUAUGGCUUGAUGUGUCUUUGCCUGUGCUCUAUAAUCGUGUCUCUGAAAGAGUGGAUGAAAUGGUGGAUGCUGGGCUUGUGGAUGAGCUCCGGGAAAUGUUUGUUCCCGGGGCAGAUUAUGAGCGCGGCAUUCGUCGGGCUAUUGGAGCUCCUGAGAUGCAUGCAUAUUUCAUGGCUGAAAUGGAUCAUUCAGCAGAUGAGGCCAGAAAGGAAUUUCUGUUCAAAGAUGGGAUUCAAAAAACUAAGGACAAUACUUUGAAACUUGCUGAGAGCCAGGUGCAGAAAAUUGAACGUCUCAGGACCAAAUGGGAUAUCCAUCGGAUUGAUGUGACUGCCGUGCAUGAGAGCUGUGGAAAGAAGGCUGUGGUUGCAUGGGAAAACUUGGUUUUAAAGCCAAGCUUCUCCAUUGUGAGUGAAUUUUUGGAAAUGGAUGGCUAA